AUGACAACUUUCCCUUUGUUUCAGAAGCCAGAUAGGAAGAUGUUUGAGGAGCCUUCAGAAAUUUUGUUGGAAUCAUUGUCAAGCAAUCAUGUUGUGGACACAGUCCAUGAUUCGCUUUCAUUCGACAUGGUUGAGGAAUGUACAACAGAAGAAAACACCAACAAGGCAAAGCAAUUGGUGGCGAAGAGUGAAGAAGUGAAGAAGAAGGAGAGGUCGUACAAAGGUGUGAGGAAGAGGCCAUGGGGAAAAUACGCAGCAGAGAUCAGAGACACAACGAGGAAUGGAAGAAGGGUUUGGCUUGGAACCUUCGAGAGUGCAGAAGCUGCUGCUUUGGCUUAUGACCAAGCUGCAUUCUCCAUGAGAGGCCACAGUGCUGUCCUCAAUUUUCCAGUCAAAAGGGUCAAAGAAUCUUUGCAAGAGAUUCAAUACACAUGCUUCACUGGUUCUUCUCCUGCACUUGCACUCAAGGAGAGGCACUGCAUCCAAAGAAAGUUGUCUUCAAAACCUAAAAAGUGUAAAGGGAAAGACCCCUCUCAGGAUCCAACACAAAGUCUGGUGGUGUUAGAGUGUCUGGGAGUUGAAUAUCUUGAGCAACUUCUCAGCAUAUCAGAUCAAAGUGUAACUUUGUAA